GGCCGCCUCUGCAGCGGCCUCUUCCAGCUCCAGAGCGACGCUGGGCAGCUCUCGGCAGGUCUGGGCCUCAACCAUGGCCGGGGAGCAGGGAUCCCCCAGCAGCAACCCGCCACCUUCUCCGCCCGCCGCGGGAGGCCUCGGCGUGGAGGAAGGGGCGGCCGCCGGUCCGGCCGGCGAUGGCUACGACCCCAAGUGCGUGUUCUGUCGGAUCGCUCGGCGGGAGGAGCCCGGCACCCAACUGCUGCCCUGCGAGCCUGAAGACCUGGUUUGCUUCCAAGACAUCAGACCUGGGGCUCCACACCAUUAUCUUGUUGUGCCAAAGAAGCACGUUGGAAACUGCAAAACUCUAAAGAAAGAAGAUUUACCCUUAGUGGAGAAAAUGGUUACUGUCGGAAAAACCGUUCUUCAGCAGAAAAAUGUCACUGACCUGAGUGAUGUGAGAAUGGGUUUCCACUGGCCUCCAUUCUGCUCCAUAUCCCAUUUGCAUCUUCAUGUCCUGGCACCAGCUAGUCAAAUGGGCUUCUUAUCCAGAUUGGUUUAUAGAAUCAAUUCAUACUGGUUCAUCACAGCUGAUCAGCUGAUUGAACGACUACAGGCUAGAAGUGCUACCAGAUGAAGAGUUGUUUUGAUCUUGGCUCCCAGUAAACUAAAGUCUUUGGUGCUUAGGAAUCUCUUUGCCAUUGUAUAGCUGGUUGUGUUUAGUGACAGGCCUUCUGAAGCAGUUUAGAAUCUUCUGCUCUGAGAUAUGAAAACCUAUGUUUGAGUCUUAAUGUGAUUAUAGUUCACAUACUUAGUGACCUUGUGAAUGUUUUAAUGGAGAAUGUCUAUGUAAAACAUUACAAGUAAAAUCACAGUAAAACUUAUCAAGAACAGUUCUAUAUACAUAGAUAAGUGUAUACACAUAAGGAGUUGUUUUCAUAUCUGAAUAGAUGAUUUCUAAUAGUGCUUUUUAAAUGUGUUUCUAAAAAAGGUCACACCACCAAGAAAUUCUGUUCAAGUUCUUUUUUCAAACCCAUUUUUAUUAUUUAUUAAGUAUUUAUAACAGUUUCUUUCUGUAAUAGUAGUACCUGGCUAUGUGCUAUUGUGUGACAGGAUAGGAAAGGAAAAGAGACUUAAACCAAGUUAUUUAUUCCCAAAUCGGUUUUCUAAUUUAGCAGUAACUAUUCCUUAUCCACUUUAACCUCUUCCCACUUAAGUAAUAUACUAAUGCAUUGACAAACUAUCACUUAAGGAUUCUAGUAACUUGGACUAAAAGGGUUGCUUAUGUGUGACACCACUUACCUUUGUAAUGGAUCAGAAUGCUUCCCACAUUUUAAAAUUCAGCUUUUCUCCAUGUAGUUCAUCGUUGGUUUCCUAAACGGUGUGAGCAUGAUUUCUAGCAGUGUACUCAUUAAUUUUUUUAUAAUAGAGUUCAUUGUAAUGGGUAACGUUUUUAACUAUAAUGACAUGAGUUGGGGAAGAAAUCCUUAUAAUAUGUAAACUGAUGAUAUGAAUGUAUUACACACUUUUUCCUACCUGAAGGAAGAAGUUGGAUCAAAAAUGAAUAAAUUUGUUCUUCCUAUUUAAUUUCUUCUAACUACUCCUAUCACCUCCCCACCCCAAAACCUGCUUAUUAGCAUUUAUAGAAAUAGUGAAAUAAAAUAGGGGAUUUUGUUUGAUGCCUAUAAAAUUAAAGAGACGCAAGGUGGUGUAAUGUAUGGACGACUAGCCUUAGAGAUCACAAGACCUGCCUCUUAAUAUAUCCUAGCUUUGUGACCAUGAGCAAGUUACUUAAACUUUCAUGAUCCCUUGAGAUUUCAUGAUCCCCAGUGCAACUCUCUAAGAACAAAAGUUAGAGAUAUGUUUCUGAUUGCAUUGGUAGAGAGAGUUUCCACCCCAGCAGUUUCCCACACUAAUGAAAUCAUAGGUCUGGACAAAAAUGAAUAAAAUUAUUUCAUUGGGUACAUUGCUGAAAAAGAAGGAAGUGCUAGUUCAUUUCAGUACCUCUCUAACACUCAAAAUAAUAAAUGAGUGAAUAGUAAUGUAUUGUUUGCAGAGGAUUAUAGUAUUAUAUGAUGAAUAUAAAUGCAUAGGAUUAGAGCCUCUGUGUUGGAAUGGAAUGGUAUUUAGUCUUGGCUAUCAGAGUUUGUCUAUUGUUACUGAAGAAGCAGUAGUUUUAAUUAAUGGAGUAUUUAUACCAAACAAAACUGGCACUUAAUGAAGAUAGCUUAGUGAAGGAUUUCAUUUGAGUCCUGUUUUCCAUUAUUAUUAUUAUUAUUAGUUCAAGAUUAAAAUGAGCUUCAAAAUUUAAUUUUAAUUACUGGAUUUUGGAAACUUGGAAAUAGGGUCAUGGAUUGUACACCAUAGACUUAGAGAAUGUUUAAGUUUGAAGAAACCUUAGAUAUCAUCUGAUCCAACUCUUAUUAUAUGGAAACUGAGUUCCAGAAUAGUUACUUGACCUUCCCAAGGUCACAUAGCAAGAUGUGUAUUGGCAGAAGAAUCAGAACCCCAGUUUUCCAAGUUCUCUAUCCAUUGCUGAGUUGGGAGGCUUGGAGCUAAAAAUGUGGUUGAGUAUGAGGUAUAUUUUGGCUUGGCUUUCUGGAGAGAGCUCAUAGUAAAUCUGCCUUGUCAGUGAAAGCACUUUCAGUGUCUUUGUCUUUAUAAAUCAUUCUUGCUUCUCACCCUUUGGGCAGCUUUCCAGGUUCUUUAACUUAAACUGAUUUAAUGGACUCCAGUGGCCAUAGCUAAAUAUGCAUAUGUAACAGACAGUGAUAUGGUGCUAUUAUACAGUUUUAGAUUUUCCAAAGUAGUGUAAGCUCUACUAGAUGGUUCAUUAAUGUGUAAAUAUACAUACAAUAAACUUUCAGAUAACAAUUUUUUCUCCGCCUUCCAAUUGGAAACCCUAAGGAAAAUGAGGAAACCAUUUUUAUUGGAAGCCUAUCACGUUUGCUGCCAGAAGCUAAUGUUUUUCAGUUUACUAAACUUUUCACUUGGCCUUUUCAGUAAAAUAGAUUGAAAAGGUCCCAUGAGCUGUCGUCAAGAUUUGGUAAGCAAAAUAAUAGUAAUAAUAAUAAUAAUAAUAAUUUGUAAGCUUUUACAAAAAUAUUAUGGUUGUAUUGAAAAUAUUACUUAUGAAUACUGUGGUACUAUAUAACUACUGAAUUGUGAGCUAUGCUAGAUUGUUAGUAAUGAGCCACAUAAAAUAAUGUGAAAGAGGAAAAGUAAGUAAAAAUUAAAAAUACUUUGUGUCAA